GUCACACAUAUAUCAUCAACUAUGGUCUCUUAUAUACGUUGGGUCUAUUUGAUUUGAAUAUACGUGUAUAUAUAUUAUAUAUUUAAACUCAUAUAAAACGAAGACCCACCAAUCUGGUCUUCUGGAUUCCCACUUUCAUCUCACCACACCAUUCCUUAACCUUUAAAAUCUUCCCCUGAAACUCUCUGCCCCUCCAUUAAUGCCGCAGCGAGAACUCCUCCACUGAAGAAGAACCCAAUUCCAUCAUUCAAACUUCAAACUCGAACCCACAUAUAUAUUUCCUACCCAAAAAAACCAAUGGCCAGGAAGAAGAUCAUGAAGCUCCACUUUCUCCCUUCUUGCGUCAGCCCCAGAACUCUCUCUUUCCGGGCCGAAAACGCCAUCUUCAAGACCAUCAACUCCGCCUACGCCGGCGUGGUCGACGCCCCUUCCGACCCCGCCAGCUUCGUAUCUGAGCCGGAGGACUCUGCCGCCGCCGCGAACGCCGGCGAGUCCGUGGAGGCCGUGAUCCGCGGGCUGCGCAACGCCGAUCGGCUGUUCUUCGAGCCGGGAGAGACGAGCUCAAUACUGGACGAAGCCAAAGGCGACUGCUUUCCGUUCAAAGAGAGCGUGGCCAUGGAGCUGGAUUCCAACGACCCCUGCCGGGAUUUCAAGAUAUCAAUGGAGGAGAUGGUGGCGGCGCACGGGCUCAAGGAUUUGGAGAGCCUGGAAGAGCUUUUGAGCUGUUAUUUGAAGGUCAAUGGCAAGAGCAAUCAUGGCUAUAUAGUUGGAGCCUUCGUUGAUUUACUGGUGGGUUUUGCUUUCACUUCUUCUUCGUCUUGUUCUGAUAAUGAUCAAUCUUGUUCUAGUUUCACCGCCGUUCAUUCGCCUAAGUCACCAUUAAUAUCGUUUUCUUCUUCCACUUCUAAUUCUACCAGUCCUUGUUUGUCGUCGGUGGAAGCCGUCGACGUUGAGAUUGAACAAACAGUGGAUUCUGGUUCAUCUUCUUCGGCUGUUUGAUGACCAUUUUUGUACGUGUAAAUUUAAUCUAGUUUCAGAAAUGAUAGUGAAGGUUUAUUGACUGUUAAGAGUGGAUACGCCAUUGGAGGAGCAAAUGCAUGUGCAGCCAUGUGUUCAAUGGAAAAAAAACAAAAAGAAAAAAUAGCGAAGUAAGAACUAUUUGCUUGUGUUGAUUCCCAAGAACAUUAAUUAAUUUCUACUUUGCGUAGUACUGCAGAAAAGAAGGAAGUGGUGUAAAUGAAACCCAGUAAAUAUUAUAGAUUAUUAUUGUUACUACUAUUAUUAUUAUUUUAUGUGUGGCCAUAGAAAUAAGAUACAUCUUAAUCAAA